AGUUCAACCCAUCUAAAGGCUCAAACCAAGCUGGGCCCGAACGCGCUUUGGACUGGGCGUCCAGAAGCAUUCGAUGGGGCCCCGUCGCGUGGCCCUGGUCAUCGAGGGCUCACGUGGCGACGUGCAGCCGUAUGUGGUGGCAGCCUUGGCCCUGAGAAGGGCUAGCUACUCCGUCUUAGUGCUUGGUCCCUCCUACUGUGCCGAACUCACCAAGCCAUUUGCUUUGGACUUCUUUGAGUUUUACCCUGUAGACACGAAGAAGGAUUGCCAGAAGGAGGAGAUGAUCAAGACCUUCUCCGACAACAACUUCGCACAGCUUACCAAGUCCAUGAGCGAAACCAAAACUUCAGUCCGAGAAGAGAUGCUCACGAAACUGGUCACUGCCGUCAAGGACUUUCAGCCACAGUUGAUUUUGUCCUGCUAUUUAUCCAUUUGCGAUGCUAUGAACGUGGGCAUUGGUCUAGGGAUUCCCGUGCUCUUCCUGGGUUUGCAAGUCAUGAUCGCAAGCAAUCAUAUCCCAGCCUUUGGGAUGUUUCCGCAGUUGCCGACCCUCUUCGGGCUGAACCGGCGCCUUUGGGACUAUUUGUGUAGAAGCUUUGCCGAGGAGAUGAACAAAAGCUCGGAGCCGAUUCUUCUGAAGCUUUUCGGGAAGGAGAAAGAACAGUUCCAACCGACGAUGGAAGAGUACUUCCAAAUCUGCAGCGCAGACGCGGAGUACCCGACCAUUUUGGCCGCCAGCCGCGCGCUUCAUGGGCCAUUGCCACCCGACUUCACCGAGCACGUGCAUUGCAUCGGCGGCCUUGCCCUAGAGAGUGAAGACCAAAUAGGCGCAGAAUUUGGCGGCGAUUUGCAAGCAAUGGAGACCUUCCUGGCUGCAGGUGACCCUCCCGUCUACAUGGGUUAUGGAUCCAUGACCUGCCAGAAUGCCAAGUUUAUGACCCUCUUGAGCAUCCGGGCAUUGAUGAAGACUGGCCAGCGUGCCGUGAUGUUGCGCGGCUGGGCCGAGCUGUCUUUGGAGGCUCUAGAAGGGGAGCCAGAUUCUGCAGAGCUAAAGUCAUACUGCCAGGAGAAGGUGCUCCUCAUGGAUACUGCGCCUCAUGCGGCGCUCUUCCCUCGCUGUGGCGUCCUGGUGCACCAUGGGGGUGCUGGGACGCUGAAUGCCUCUGCUGCCAGUGGCAUCCCCACAGUGAUCGUGCCAAUCUUUCUGGACCAGUACUACCAUUCGGAUUUGGUGAAUGCCAAGGGCUUCGGCGUAGGUUUGAAGGCGAUGAAGACCUUGACCCCGGAUGACCUGGCAGCGGCCAUCAAGCAGUGUUUGGAAUCUGCAGAGAUCCGCCAGAAGGCCAAAGAGAUCGCACAAGAGAUGUCCAAAGAGAAAGGCACUGAAAGUUUGGUGAAGCUUGUGAACGGUUGCUGGGUGCAGAUUGGUGGUGUUGUCGCUUCCUAUGGCAUGUAUGGCACGCUCACAUGUGUUGUAACCAAAGGUAGGUGUUCACUACAUGAGUCAUGA